AAAGAAAGAUUUAACAAUUACAUUGAUCAGGAACCGGAUUCUCCCAUUAUAUUCUUUGCAUCCUUGCAGCCCAUAUUUGAUUUCAACGGCUAAUUGGGUUAUUGGUCAGCUUGCGAUAUGCCUACCAGAGGACAUGAGUUCUAGUAUUUAUCAGUCCUUAAUGAAGGCAUUGACCAUGGAGUAUGUGGAGGACAUAACUUGUUAUCCGGUUUGUGCCUCUGCUUCUGGUGCUAUUGCAGAACUCAUCGAGAAUAGUUAUGUUCCACCUGACUGGCUCAUUCUUCUGCAAGUGGUUCUGAAAAGAAUAAGUACUGAAGAUGAAAAUGAGUCUGCUCUUCUGUUCAAGCUUCUAGGCACAAUAGUUGAGGGUGGACAGGAAAAAGUUGUCUCAUAUUCCUGAAAUUGUAUCCAACAUUGCGAGUAUUGUAAUGGAGCUCCUGCCCCCUGUCCCAGAUCCUUGGCCUCAGGUUGUUGAACAGGGUUUCGCAGUCCUCGUAGCAAUGGUGCAAGCUUGGGAGAGCUCUGCACCAGAUGAAAACAAGACACCUGAAAAGAGGUUUUGGCAGUCAGGCCAGUCUGCUAUUGCCCAAACAAUUUCAUUACUGUUACAAAAAGCUUGGUUGUUUCAAGCUGACAAUAUGGAGGGCUCUGCAUUACCACCUCUGUCAUGCGUAAAUGAUGCUUCUGUGUUACUUGAGUUUGUCAUGAGUUCUGUCACUUGCAUGGAAGAAACUGAAAGUCUGAAGGUCUUUGAGCUGGUAGCUACAUGGGCUGACGCUAUUGCCAACUGGGACUCCUGGGAGGAGAUGGAGGAUCAGGGUGUUUUCAACACAAUUAAAGAAGUUGUCAAUUUCCACCAGAGAUUUGACCUCGACGGUCUCUUCCUGAAAACACACUUUGUGAGAUGUCAUUCCACUAGGUAUUCAUUCUGUCAUGGUUCUGUUUUAAUACACGCAGGUCACUCAAGCAGAUCUGAAGUUAUUCUUAGUCCAUAUGUGGUGAGGUUGGUCGUUCUUUACUCCAAACACAAUCUCCCUUCUGUAUAGCUAAAAGUUUGCAGAAAUGGCACCAUCAAGAUCGGUCUGGAGACCAACAAGAUCAUGGACUUCAUCAAGUUUGACGUCGGCAACGUGGUCAUGAUGACCGGUGGGAGGAACACCAGGCGUGUAGGAGUGAUCAAGAACAGGGAGAAGCACAAGGGCAGCUUCGAGACCAUCCACGUGCUGCUUAGAGAUUUUUCUAUGUCUAGUUUUCUCCUAUUUGUUGUAUAGGAAAACAUAGAAUGGAAUUCAAAUUUGGUGGCCGCAAAAUGUGGAGACUUGAAUUCAUAUAAAGUUAGGCUUAACAUUAGUGCAAACAGUUGUAUUUUUGUUUAG